AUGUCCCCAGGACCCCAGGAGGAGGGGGGGGCUGCGCGGGAGGAUUCCCGGGGGCGUCGCCUGCUUCCGCCGCCGCCUCCUUCAGUGAAAGUCCCUUUCGGGUCCAGCUGCCACCGCCACCGCGCUCCCUCAGGCCGGGCGGGGGACACCCCAGGUCUGCGUGGCCCCCGCGCCGCCACGCCCAGUGGCCGCGGAGCCCGGGGAGCAGGGGGAGGAGCCGCCGCCAGUGGAGGCGGAGGAGGCGGAGGAGGCGGAGACGGCCGAGACGGCGGAGAAGGCGGAGAGGAAGGUGGAGGCGGAGGCGAAGGUGGAGGGGAAGGCGGAGGCGGCGGGGAAGGCGGAGGCGGCGGGGAAGGUGGACGCCGCCGGGAAGGUGGAGACGGCGGAGGGCCGGUCCGCCAGGUUGAGCUCAAGCUGGAGCCCGAAUCCGAGCCGGUGCGGGAGGCGGAGCAGGAGCCGAAGGGGGAGCAGAAGCCGGAGCUGGAGGAUGAGAACCCAGCGCGGAGCGGCCGUGGAGGCGGCAGCGACGAGGUUCCUCCCCCCACCCUUCCCUCCGACCCCUCGCGGCCCCCCGAUCCCUCCCCGCGUCGCAGUCGUGCCCCCCGCCGCCGACCCCGGCCGCGGCCCCAGACCCGACUCCGAACACCGCCGCAGCCCAGGCCACGGCCCCCACCCCGGCCCCGGCCCCGGCGCGGCCCAGGGGUCGGAUGCCUGGAUGUGGAUUUCACUGUGGGUCCACCAGGCUGUUCCCACGUGAACAGCUUUAAGGUGGGAGAGAACUGGAGGCAGGAACUGCGGGUGAUCUACCAGUGCUUCGUGUGGUGUGGAACCCCAGAGACCAGGAAAAGCAAGGCAAAGUCCUGCAUCUGCCAUGUGUGCGGCACCCAUUUGAACAGACUCCACUCUUGCCUUUCCUGUGUCUUCUUUGGCUGCUUCACAGAGAAACACAUCCACGAGCACGCCGAGACAAAACAACACAACUUAGCUGUAGACCUUUAUUACGGAGGUAUAUACUGUUUUAUGUGUAAGGACUAUGUAUAUGACAAAGACAUUGAGCAAAUUGCCAAAGAGGAGCAAGGAGAAGCUUUGAAAUUACAAGCCUCCUCCUCCACCGAGGUUUCUCACCAGCAGUGUUCGAUGCCAGGCCUCGGUGAGAAAUAUCCAACCUGGGAGACAACCAAACCUGAGUUAGAACUGCUGGGACACAACCCGAGGAGAAGAAGAAUCACCUCCAGCUUCACCAUCGGUUUAAGAGGACUAAUCAAUCUCGGCAACACGUGCUUUAUGAACUGUAUUGUCCAGGCCCUUACCCACACUCCCAUUCUGAGGGAUUUUUUCCUGUCGGACAGGCACCGAUGUGAAAUGCCAAGUCCCGAGUUGUGUCUGGUCUGUGAGAUGUCUUCACUCUUUCGUGAGUUGUACUCUGGAAACCCAUCUCCUCACGUUCCCUAUAAAUUGCUGCACCUGGUGUGGAUACACGCUCGUCACUUAGCAGGGUACAGGCAGCAGGAUGCCCACGAGUUCCUCAUCGCUGCAUUGGAUGUCUUGCACAGGCACUGCAAAGGUGAUGAUGCGGGGAAGGCAGCCAAUAAUCCCAACCACUGUAACUGCAUCAUAGACCAAAUCUUCACAGGUGGCCUGCAAUCUGAUGUCACCUGUCAAGCCUGCCACGGUGUCUCCACCACCAUAGACCCAUGCUGGGACAUCAGUUUGGACUUACCUGGCUCUUGCACCUCCUUCUGGCCCCUGAGUCCAGGGAGGGAGAGCAGUGUGAAUGGGGAGAGCCACAUACAGGGAAUCCCCACUCUCACGGACUGCUUGCGAAGGUUUACAAGGCCAGAGCACCUGGGAAGCAGUGCCAAAAUCAAAUGCGGUAGUUGCCAAAGCUACCAGGAGUCUACCAAACAGCUCACAAUGAAGAAAUUGCCUGUCGUUGCCUGUUUUCAUUUCAAACGGUUUGAACACUCAGCCAAACAGAGGCGCAAGAUCACUACAUACAUAUCCUUUCCUUUGGAGCUGGAUAUGACACCAUUCAUGGCCUCAAGUAAAGAGAGCAGGAUGAAUGGACAGUUGCAGCUGCCAACCAAUAGUGGAAACGACGAGAAUAAGUAUUCCUUGUUUGCUGUGGUUAAUCACCAAGGAACCUUGGAGAGUGGCCACUACACCAGCUUCAUCCGGCACCACAAGGACCAGUGGUUCAAGUGUGAUGACGCUGUCAUCACCAAGGCCAGUAUUAAGGAUGUCCUGGACAGUGAAGGGUAUUUACUGUUCUAUCACAAACAGGUUCUGGAACAUGAGUCAGAAAAAGUGAAAGAAAUGAAUACACAACCCUACUGAAAAGCCGCACAGACCUACCUGUCAUGGAAGAUGACAACACCCAUACUACAACUGGCAUCGAGAUUUAAAGGACCUACUUGCUUGGCCUGCAGGCCAGACAGAGUAAGAAUUGAACAGUACCCAGUGUCUAAAAGGUCCAGAUUGGAAGAGAAAUAGAAGGGGCUGGAAAAGAGGCUCUAGUCUAAGUGGUCACUUAAAGGAAGAUUAAAUGGCAGGAGUGCUCUGGGUGGGGAAGGCAGGAGCAGGGAAAUCCUGACACUGAUACAUAUCCUAUAUUCCUCCAAAAGAUUGUGUGGGAAAG